CUGAGCCGCAUACCGCGCAUGCUCCAGGCGCGGCGCCCCCGACCCGGCGCUCGGCUCGGCUCGGGCAUUUCCGCCUCUUUGUUUUAAACUCCGGACGGCUUUUUUCUCCUCCUCUGGGGGGGACCCGGAGGGAGCGGCGCCCCCUCCCCCUCCCGGCGAGCCCCCGCGUGCGCCCGCUCGCCCGCCGCCCGAGACGCAGUCCCUCCCCAGAAUCCGUGCCCAGCUCACCCUGAAGUCCACUGCCUCCCUUGGGGACAUCCACGGACGCCCAUCCUGCCUUCUUUGGUCCAAAGCAGUGUGACGGAGCCCCCAGCUCCCUUCCGUGUCCCCGCCAGCCAGGCUUCACGAUGUAGCAGGACCCCGGGCCCUCACUUUCAGAAGAUGGAAGCAGAGCAGAGGCCAAGAGGGAGGUGCCCAAGUGAGCCCGAGUGCAGAGGCAGGAAGGAGCGGCUCAUCCGCGCGGUGGCCUGAAGCCUCCAUGCCACGCGGGAGGAGGGACACGCACGUCCAGAGGAGAAGCCAAAGAUGUUGACCAGGAAGAUUAAACUCUGGGACAUAAACGCCCACAUCACCUGCCGCCUGUGCAGCGGGUACCUCAUUGAUGCAACCACGGUGACCGAGUGUCUGCACACGUUCUGCAGGAGCUGCCUGGUGAAGUACCUGGAGGAGAACAACACCUGCCCCACCUGCAGGAUUGUGAUCCACCAGAGCCACCCGCUGCAGUACAUUGGCCAUGACAGGACCAUGCAGGACAUCGUUUACAAGUUGGUGCCAGGCCUCCAGGAAGGUGAGCAUCUGCUUGGAAUGCAACAGCAGCAAACUGCGGGGCCUGAAACGGAAGUGGAUCCGCUGCUCAGCCCAGGCCACAGUCCUACAUCUGAAGAAGUUCAUCGCCAAAAAGCUCAACCUUUCCUCCUUCAACGAGCUGGACAUCUUGUGCAACGAGGAGAUCCUGGGCAAGGACCACACCCUCAAGUUCGUGGUGGUCACACGAUGGAGGUUCAAGAAGGCGCCCCUCCUGCUACACUACAGACCCAAGAUGGACUUGCUGUGAGCCUGGCUCUGCAGACUGGCCCUGCACCCCAGGGCCACGUGGCUGUGCACAGCACCCACGCAGCGGGACUCGCCUGUGGGUGCCGGGUGGACAGACUUCUGAAUAGAGUAUUUAUAACUUUUGUACAAGAGAACCCACCGCCCACCAGACACUACCAGCACCGUUACAGAGGAUGGAACACUUGCAGUUCUGUGCGGCAGCACACGCUCACCCACCACCGGCCCUGGGCAGCAGCUGCAGCACUGGCUCCAGGUCACCGUCCCACGGACCUCGCUCGCUUUCCAGGUCUCGAGAAUCUGAGUUCGUUUCAGUUUAGUUCACGGAUUGGUUUCUUAAUAAGCCUCAAACAUAUCGUACUUUUAUUGAGUCCUUCCUAAGUUAUUGAAAAAGUCUUUUCAUGGUAAAUAUUUAUGUUGCCUUUAGCUUCCUGAAGACUUAGAAGAGAUAUAAAGAUCUAAUUUAAAGCAUACCAAAAGAGGCUUGCCUGGUACUGAGUGAGCGCGGGUGCCCACCCGCCCUGGCAGCCCAGCACAGCACACGUCCACGCUGCGGGCAGGCUGAGCCCAUGUCGCCGGCUCCACACCAUGGCUCUGGUGCACCAGCGGGGUGGACCGGGGCCGCUCAGUCCACUCAGCGCUGGCUCGAAGACCACUCUUGUUUUAAAAUCGCAUUUAUUAAAAAGGGCGUGGAUUGUCUGGUGCUGCCAUUUAGUUUCCUGCAUUGUCCUCCCCGUUUCUGUGCUAAGGAGGGCGUGGUGGUCAGGGGCUCGUCUGAUCGGUGCGCAGCUGGCGUGCCAGCGCCAGGUGCCUCCAGGUGAGACCGCCAGCCCCGGCUCUCCCUCCCGUGGAUGGAGGCCUCUGUGCUUUGCUGCCCUCCUUCCAGGAAGGUGCUGGGGCAGGGCAGGCAGACCAGGCCCAGCGGGCAGCAGCUGCACCAGGCACACAUCUCCCAGUCGCGGGUAGGGUGCUCUGUGCCAGCCCUCAGCUCCCCAGGGGUGGCAUUGCUGUUUCAUUGGGGUCUGCCCACACGGACUGGUGUGCCCCCACCCCCAGCAGAGGGGCACCUGGCGCUCAGGCACUGCCCGCGGCAGCCCGGUGGUCCUGGAGCCCCAGCACAGGAGUCCUGGUGUUUCUGGUGAGCUUGGGUCCCCUCCCUCAGCCCUUGUGAGGCAAGCAUGACCCUAGCCUCAGGGUCCCUGCCCAGCAGUGCCCACCAGCUCUGGCUGGUGGUACACAGGAAUCCGUCCAAGGCCGUGUUGCCAGGAGGCCUCACCAAGGCCUGGGGUUUCCUUGGAGGCCUUGAAAGCUGUGCUGGGCUUGUUGGCAUCCAGUUCUGCUUGUUCUCUUCUGCUUCCGGCUUCACCUAAGCAGCAGCCGUGAGGCCUAGAGUGAGGGGCGAGGAAGCACUGGAGUCGCUGGUCGGGGGCUGCGAGCCCGUGAAGCAGACCCACCUCCUCAGGACCCGCGGGUUAGUGUCCUAGGCUUGCUGUUCACCCAGGUGGUCCCCAGGUCGCUCUGCGAGGGUCUCUGAGCAAGUAUUACCUGUCUACCUCAAAACACAUACUCUGAAGCCUCCUGCAGAGCCACGCUGCACACGCCGCCGUUGCAGGUGACGUUAGGGUUUAGGCUUAGUCCUGUGGUGAGACUAAAACAAGGCUAAGCACCUGAGCCUCCAGACUGGGACUGAGGUGGAACACCCUGUGCGGCCCCAUGUGCGUGUGGCCUGCCGCUGCCGUGGAGUCCCGUGUGGUGCUAUGGUGCUGAGUCGAGAGUGCUGCCCCAGCAGCCUGACCAAACCUCAGCAGCAGAAAUACCUAUUUUUCUAAGAUCCAUCGCGUGGCUGUCUUCUUUGCAGGACGGCCCAGUGCCCUUUGCCCUUGGUCUGACACGUAGCCUUACCUAGUCCAGAGCCUGCAGCAGACGAACCUGCCUCAACCGCAGGUGUCCAGGCGCCUGCCUGACUCAGGCCACUGUGUUCCCAGCCUGACGCCAGAUCAGUCAGACGGCCCAGCAGGCCUCCUUGGCGGCUGGAGCCUCUGGGGCGGAUUUCAUACAGUGUGCUGUCAGGUGGCUCGCUGGGUCGCCUUCACACGUGGUCCCGCGAGGCGCCCUGCUCACGAGGAUGGAAAACUCAGAAUAUAGGAUAUUGAAUUUAAAAUGGGGGGUAAAAAAAAGACUUUAUAAAAUUAUUUAUUCUA